CCUAGAGUGGGGAAGUGACAGGGAGCGCCCUCUCCCCGCAGGGUCUGCUCGGGUGCGCCGCCCCCCCCAGCUUCCAACCCGCCUCUGGUCUCACGCGGCCCUUCCCCGGCAGCUAUUGCCCCAGAGGCCUGGACGCUCUGCCGCUCUCCCUGGUGCUGGAGCCCCCCGAGCGGCUCGAUAGCCCCGUCUGGGGGGUGCGGCUCGCUACGCGAAUUCGAUCGUUCCCCGCCCGUUAAACGUCUAUUCCCCCUCCCAAUUUAUUCCCCCUCCCCCGUUGCCGUGGGGCGGGCCCGGAGCCCACCCCGCUAUCGCCAUGCCCGCCGCUGCGGCAGCGCCGAUUAUCCGCUGCGUGCAGAAGCUGGUGCUGUACGAGACCAGAGCUCGGUAUUUUCUUGUUGGGAGUAAUCAUGCAGAGACCAAGUAUCGUGUUUUGAAAAUUGAUCGCACUGAACCGACGGAUUUAGUUAUAAUUGAUGAUAAGCAUGUGUACACACAUCAAGAGGUGAGGGAACUUCUUGGCCGCCUAGAUCUGGGAAAUAGAACAAAGAUUGGACAGAAGGGCUCCUCUGGGUUAUCUCGAGCUGUCUCUGCUUUCGGUGUCGUAGGUUUUGUUAGAUUUUUAGAAGGCUACUACAUUGUGUUAAUAACAAAAAGGAGAAAGAUGGCAGAUAUUGGAGGGCAUGCAAUAUACAAAAUAGAAGAUACAAAUAUGAUCUACAUUCCAAAUGACACUGUACGAAUCACUCAUCCUGAUGAAGCAAGAUAUCUACGAAUCUUUCAAAAUGUGGACCUGUCUAGCAAUUUUUAUUUUAGCUACAGCUAUGAUCUGUCACACUCUCUGCAAUAUAAUCUUACCAUCCUGAGAAUGCCACUUGAGAUAUUAAAAACUGAAACAAUUCAGACUCGACAGGAGAGCUUUGAUAUCUUUGAAGAUGAGGGACUUGCAGCACAAGGUGGAAGUGGUGUAUUUGGGAUUUGCAGUGAACCAUAUAAAAAGUACGUGUGGAAUGGUCAACUGCUGGACAUAGUAAAAAACACUGUUCAUCAUGACUGGCUGUUAUAUGUUAUUCAUGGAUUUUGUGGGCAGUCCAAACUGUUAAUAUAUGGUCGUCCAGUGCAUGUCACUCUGAUAGCCAGAAGAUCAAGCAAAUUUGCUGGAACACGUUUUCUAAAGAGAGGAGCAAACUGUGAGGGGGAUGUUGCUAAUGAAGUAGAAACUGAACAAAUACUUUGUGAUGCUUCGGUGAUGUCAUUUUCUGCAGGGAGCUAUUCUUCUUACGUUCAAGUUCGAGGCUCAGUCCCUCUAUACUGGUCUCAAGAUAUUUCGACUAUGAUGCCUAAGCCACCAAUUACAUUGGACCAAGCAGAUCCAUUUGCGCACAUAGCUGCACUUCACUUUGAUCAAAUGCUUCAGAGGUUUGGCUCUCCCAUUAUCAUUUUGAAUCUUGUAAAGGAACGUGAAAAAAGAAAGCAUGAAAGGAUUCUGAGUGAAGAACUUGUUGGUGCAGUGACAUAUCUCAAUCAAUUUUUACCCCCAGAACAUGCUAUUGUGUAUAUUCCUUGGGAUAUGGCCAAAUACACAAAAAGCAAACUGUGUAAUGUCCUGGAUAGAUUGAAUGUAAUUGCGGAAAGUGUAGUGAAGAAAACAGGAUUCUUUGUAAAUCGUCCUGAUUCCUACUGCAGCAUCUUGCGGCCAGAUGAAAAAUGGAAUGAACUGGGAGGUUUUGUUGUUCCCACUGGUCGCUUACAGACUGGUGUUCUUCGAACCAAUUGUGUUGACUGUUUAGAUCGCACUAACACAGCCCAGUUCAUGGUGGGGAAGUGUGCGUUAGCCUAUCAGCUCUAUUCUUUGGGGUUGAUUGAUAAACCCAAUUUGCAGUUUGACACAGAUGCUGUUAGAUUGUUUGAGGAGUUGUAUGAAGAUCAUGGAGACACACUUUCUCUGCAAUAUGGAGGUUCUCAACUUGUUCAUCGAGUAAAAACCUACAGGAAGAUAGCACCAUGGACCCAGCAUUCCAAAGAUAUUAUGCAGACGCUCUCAAGAUAUUACAGUAAUGCUUUUUCAGAUGCUGACAGGCAAGACUCAAUUAACCUAUUUUUGGGAGUAUUCCAGCCUGCAGAAGGAAAACCUCAUCUUUGGGAACUUCCUACAGACUUUUACUUGCAUCACAAGAACACUAUGAGUCUUUCACAGACAAGGCGAAGCUAUACCUACUGGUGGACACGAGGUGUAUUAAAUCAUUUACCACUGCCUUAUGAUGAGGUGACAUGCACUGAAAACAGAAGGAAGUUGAUAGUGAAGAAAUUUCACAAAUAUGAAGAAGAGAUUGAUAUUCACAACGAGUUCUUUCGGCCAUAUGAAUUAAGCAGUUUUGAUGACACCUUUUGCUUGGCAAUGACCAAUUCUAUACGAGAUUUCAUGCCCAAGAAUGUUGGAAUUGAUCCAAGUCCAUUUACAGUGCGGAAACCUGAUGAAACUGGAAAAUCAGCGGUGGGGAACAAAAGUAAUAGAGAAGAAACUGUGCUGCAGCGCAAAACAGCUGCUAGUGCCCCUCCUCCCCCAAGUGAGGAAGCAGUGUCAAGUAGUUCUGAGGAUGAUUCUGGGACUGACAAAGAAGAUGAGGGAGCUGUUUCUCAGCGUUCCACUCCAGUGAAGAUGACAGAUACAGGCGAUAAUAUAAAAAUAACAGAGAACAUAGUUCAGUCCAUGAAAGAUAUAUAUGGGAUUAACCUCUCAGAUGUUCCUUCAGAUGAUGACCUCACAAUAUAUACAAGGUUUGUUCAGUUGGGGCAGAAUCAACAUAAACAAGACAAGAGCAGCCAGCAGCUUUGUUCAAAACAUCGUCUAGAUGGGGUUAUAAAUAUAAUACACAUCUCCUCUUUUUCCCAAGACAACAUUUAUGAAGUCCAGCCUCCUAAAGUAGAUAAGAAAUCAAUUGAUAUCUUCCAUGCUCACAUUCAGGCUGGCAGAGGCACCAUGCAGCCACUGGUAAAAGAAGACAUCCUCAUGUACAGAGAGUACAUUAGAAACCGAUAUAUGUGAAAACAGACUGGAUUCAACUGCUUAGCAUUGCUGGAGCGAUGGUACAAAUCAGUUUAGAAAGGAAGUCCAAGUUCGGCUAUUUUGUAGUAGUAAAACAGCGUCAAUUAUUUAUCAACCUGUAUCUUUCUGAAUGAUUUCAUUUUUGAGAUAUUGUAUGCUUUGCAAAAAUAAAAAUGUGACUGAAGAUGUAUUCUGUUUGAUUGGAAAAAUAACAGAAUCAGAAAAACUAAAUACAGCUGCAAUUAAAUAUAUAGUAAUUUGAGAUAAGAAAGUAAACAGAGUAUUUAAACUUCGCAUUAAUUGUGUUACAUACAGUUGUAGUUUCAAGAAAAAAACUUAACUACCACAGUUAGCUCAUGACAGACAUUUCAGUCGAAAGUUCUAUCGUUUGUUGAAAUUGUUUGUUUAGCAAAAUAUGUUUGUGUGUUUGUAGCAAAGAUGGAAAAGGUGUCAAUUUGGCCCAUGUAUGAAACUGAAAAGUUAAAUCUAAAGUAGCAAACUUCAAAGCCAUAAUCCACCUCCAAUGUAGUUCUAUUGCAGAUAGCAACAGUGGAAGCUGUAGUGUAGACCAGACGAAGGUGUUCUAAUGACCUAAUCAGUGUGGAUUUCUGUCAGAUUCCUUUGAAGUAUAGUGACAUUAUAAUUAUUGUGACUCAGUAAACAAUUUUGAGGAAUGAAUGCUCACUCUACUUAUAGAGACCAGUUUCAGACCAUAAAAUAGCAGCUUCAGUCAAGGUUCAGAAAGAUGGGCUCUGUCUGAUGUACUGAGAGAUCUCUUGAUCAACUGGAUACCAAGAAUUUUCCUAUCUCUGGACUGGUUAAAAAGUCAGCGAAUUAAUAACUUUGAGAAACUGAAUACUGACUCCCAGGCAAGCAUGGCCACAACUACAAUUACUAGCUGCUGCCAGCAGACUGAAGAUUCAGAUAUGUGGCUGCAUACUGCAAAGCAUAUUGUAAUGUUUACAGAGUAAGGAACUGCUCUCGUAAGUCAGUAAAAUUGAUUUAUUAAAGUAAUUGUGUAUGUCUGUGCUAGAUAACCAUAAAUGGGAUGUACAGUGUUGCACACUACUUCCUGCCUCUUGAGCUUAUGCAACCAAUGGGUUAUGGGAGGGGGAAAGAACUGGGGUACAACAGUGUUCUCUCAUUGUCUACAUCAUGCAAAUUAUAUGAAAAUUGAGGUCCCCAUUAGCUCAGGGAAUAGCAGGUGUCAGGAAUAUAUGUAGGCAAAACCAUUGUUUCUGGUGCUUUAGCAAAUGAGUUUAUAAGGGUGGGAGGAGUGAUAAGUAUUUCCCAUAAAUCACUAUUGCUACCAAAUACAAUUUGUUUUGAUUGUCUGCUGUUAACUGGCUCCCAACUUGACACUCAGUAGACAUGUGCCACAGUCACCACAAGUAGCCCUUACAGAGCUCACAAUCAGCCAUUUACACGCUCUUGAAAAUUCCAACAAUAAUUAUUUUACCAGUUGGGCCCUUCAUGUAUUCUUGAGAGCAUGAGUUUGUCUUUAGCAGAGACAAGAACGAAAUAUCAACUCUGAUAACAUAACACUUAGACUGCAACUGUCAGUUUGAAUUAUCUCUAGAAAAUACAUCUGCUAGAGUGCUUUGCACUCUUUUGUCCAACAUAAACAGUAUUUUACAAGCAAUCAAAUACCCACUGCUGAAAACAACUAGGAUAAAAUCCUAGCCUCAUUGAAGACAAUACAAGCUUUGUUGUUGACUUCAAUGGUGCCAGGAUUUCUGUUCUAGUGUUUUGUGUUGCAAAGUGUAAGAGUAAAUAGACUUCAAAGAAUACAUAGACGCUAUCUAAGGUUAUGCCUCUCUAUUCUGUACACAUGUAUUCAGCUUUUAAGUGAUUAAUAUCACAUUUCCAUUUUAAUGAGUAAUGUCUGUUAAUACAGUGAAAAUAGAUAAUUACGGCUGCAAUUUACGUCUUUCUGCACAGGAAAUUUGCUGUUUUGUAAUGCAUUACUUUUGUUAAAUAGACAAAGUAUUUUGUUUAAUAAGGCACUGUAACAGAGUGGUUUGCCCCUGGAGGCUGGGACUAACCAACCCUGAUUACAGAAUGAGGCACACCGGGAUUGGAUCAGGUGAUUCCCUAUAAAAAGCAGCAGGUCGCUCCAGUGAAGGGGGAAGCUCAGAAAAUUGUGGCAGAGUCUGCAGAGAAUAUGAAAAGGCUCCUGCAGGGAAGACUCUGAGACCAGGGGAGUUGUCCCAGGCAGAGAGGACUGAGAG